GCAACAGAAACACACCCAAGCAUUGGCCAGACACACCCUUUCACUUUUCUCGAAACCAGGCCCCACUUCUGAACCCUCACACGAGCAUAAGCAUUCCAUCAUUCAACACACACUCAGUAACCCUUCCACUUCCUAAUUUCCAAUACUUAAACCCCCUCAUGUCUUCCAAUCAUCACUACGCAUAACAUAACACACUCUUACACCCAACAAUAACACACACACACCACCACCACCACCACCACCACCACCAUGCUCAACGCCGAUUCCACCUCGCCUUACCACCCCACAGCCAAACCCUCCAAACCCACCAGCACCUUCUUCAAAAAAACCAAUCUUUACACCCUCCUGGCUUUUCUCUGCAUCGUCUCCUACCUCCUCGGUGCAUACCAAGGAACCACCACCAAAACAACAAUAACAACAACAACAACACCAUGCCCUCAAAACCCAACCUUAACAACCACUACUCACUUAUUAGACUUUUCAUCUCAUCACAACUCCACAAACCUCAAUCCUUCAACUUCGACCACCCUCCAUUUCCCUCCUUGCCACGUGUCGCUCAGCGAGUACACCCCCUGCGAGGACCACGCGCGCUCCCUCCAAUACUCGCGCAGAAGAAUGGUCUACCGCGAGCGACACUGUCCGAGGAACAACGAGGUUCUGAAAUGCCGUGUCCCCGCGCCGCACGGCUACCGGAACCCCUUCCCCUGGCCGGCGAGCCGCGACGUGGCGUGGUACGCCAACGUGCCCCACCGCGAGCUCACGGUGGAGAAGGCCGUCCAGAACUGGAUCCGCUACGACGGCGACAGGUUCCACUUCCCCGGCGGCGGCACCAUGUUCCCCGACGGAGCCGAUAAGUACAUCGACGACAUUGCCGACCUCGUCAACCUCCGUGACGGCACGGUCAGAACCGCCGUGGACACUGGCUGUGGGGUUGCUAGUUGGGGAGCCUAUCUUCUGUCACGUGACAUCAUAACAGUGUCAAUUGCACCUAGGGACACCCACGAAGCACAAGUUCAGUUUGCUCUUGAAAGAGGAGUUCCUGCAUUAAUUGGGGUCCUAGCAUCAAAGAGGUUGCCUUUCCCUUCUAGAGCUUUUGACAUGGCACACUGCUCUCGAUGCCUCAUUCCUUGGGCUGAAUAUGAUGGGCUUUAUCUGAAUGAAAUUGAUCGAAUUCUACGCCCUGGUGGGUAUUGGAUUCUAUCUGGGCCACCAAUCCGGUGGAAGAAACAUUGGAAAGGAUGGGAAAGAACAAAGGAGGAUUUGAAUAAAGAGCAGACCAAAAUUGAGAAUGCAGCUAAAAGCCUGUGCUGGAACAAGCUAGUGGAGAAGGAUGAUAUAGCCAUUUGGCAGAAAGCCAAAAACCAUUUGGAUUGCAAAUCCAAUCGUAAGCUCACUCAAAACAGACCUUUCUGCAAGGCACAAAAUAACCCUGACAAGGCCUGGUACACAGAUAUGCAAGCAUGUUUGAGUCCUAUGCCUGAAGUGUUCAGCAAAGAAGAAACUGCAGGCGGGGCAUUGAAAAAAUGGCCUGAAAGACUAAAAGCCACCCCACCAAGGAUUUCUCGGGGGACCAUAAAGGGUGUGAAUCCCGAAACUUUCUCAAAAGAUAAUGAACUGUGGAAGAAAAGGGUAGCAUAUUAUAAGAAGGCUAAUAAUCAACUAGGAAAAGCUGGGAGAUACCGCAACCUUUUAGACAUGAAUGCUUACUUGGGUGGAUUUGCUGCUGCACUUGUAGAUUUACCUGUUUGGGUCAUGAAUGUGGUUCCUGUCCAGGCUAAGGUUGACACACUUGGUGCAAUUUAUGAAAGGGGGUUGAUUGGAACAUACCAUAAUUGGUGUGAAGCAAUGUCUACUUAUCCUAGAACUUAUGACUUAAUUCAUGCUGAUUCACUGUUCAGCCUCUACAAUGACAGAUGUGAAUUGGAAGACAUUUUAUUAGAGAUGGAUAGGAUUCUUAGACCUGAAGGAAGUGUGAUCAUCAGAGAUGAUGUUGAUAUAUUGGUAAAGGUAAAAAGUAUAGUCAAUGGCAUGGAUUGGGACAGUCAAAUUGUGGACCAUGAAGAUGGGCCUCUUGAAAGGGAGAAACUUUUAUUUGCUGUGAAGAAUUAUUGGACAGCUCCAGCCGCUUCCGACAAGAAUAGUUAAAUACACUUUUUUAGUUUUUUAGAGGCCCUUGUGUUUUAGGUUUUCUCUUUUGCUACUCUAAUUUUCUUUUUUUAUUUCUUUAGUUGUUUAUUGUUAUUCUUUUUUGUUUUUUUACUUUUAUUUAUUUUUUCUUUGGGGGCUUGUGCAAGCACAUUUUGUUGAUUGCUAAUUCAGUGUUAACUGUGCAAAACUCUGGAUUCCAGAGUUUACCUGCCAUAUUUUCCUCAACAAAUUAAGAGUUAACUGAUCUCAUGCUUUUUA